GCUGGUGCUUCUUAAACCUUAUCGCCAGUGGUUUAUUAGUCCAUCUUACCACCAUGGCUCUCAUUCGAUGUUUGGCUGCAUUGGCUCUGGUCCUAGGUGCCAAUGCUGUCACAUACAACACUUUCGAUGGCCCCGGAUUCCCAGCCUGUCAGAAUGUUUCCGCGGUUCAUGAUGCUACUAAUGUCAAGGACAUCCAAAACAUCGUUAAAAAUGCCAUUCAGGCAGGCCAGAGAGUUCGAGCGUCAGGAAAAGCACAUAUGUGGUACGACACAAUGUGUUCCGACGACCCGAACACUGUCAUCGUUCGUACAGAGCAGGUCAACAAGAUCUAUGAUCUUGACCUCGAGGCUGGCACUGUUAUGAUCGAGGCUGGUGUUACGUUCCUGCAACUCGCGGACUACUUGCACCAGCGUGGUGCUUCAGCGGGAUACACCCUUGUCAAUUGGAACAUCACUCUGGCCGGAUGUGUAGCCAUGGGCGCACAUCGGUCGUCUAUUCGGGAGGAUUCUAUGGUCGCAGCUGGUGUUUUGGCUCUGGAUAUAAUUGAUGGCAACGGUGAGUUGCGACACUUGAAGCGUGAUGAUAGUGAUGAAUGGCUUGCCGCCUCGACAUCUCUUGGCCUCCUGGGUGUUAUUGUGAGAAUGAAGUUCAAGAUCUAUCCCGACUUUAAGGUCUACGCCGACCAGAAGACGCUGGACGAGGCUGAUGUUCUUGACGGGGACAUCUAUGGCAUGAUUGCCCCGUAUGCCACAGCAAACCUUUGGUGGUGGCCGCAUAAGAAGAAAUUCCACUGGCGGUAUUACGAUGUCAUACCAACGGACAAAAGCGACCAGGAGGGUUUCCAGAAUACAUUCUCGAUAACUCAACUUGAAGCCGGCGCAAUCACAGCUCUAUGGAAUACUGGAAAGGGAGUUGCACUGUCCAACCUCCUCGCUGAAGAGAUCCUCUUUGGACAGUGGGAGAAGCCCAACUUUCGGGAAAAGACGACCAACGAACCCAUCACCAAGUGGCCAGUUUACGGCUGGAACUACGACGUCCUCAUAGGCGGUCUAUACCCUGACCAACGACCGGUUUGGGAAUAUGGUAUUCAUGGCUACACGCUCGAGCUUGCAUUUCCCAUUACUCAGGCCAAUGCAAUGCUAAAGAGGGUUCGUCAGCUCUUUGACAACGAGGCCAAGAAACUCAAGUUUAUGGCAUCCACCUACAGGAGCGGUAUCAACAUCAAGUUUGGACGACCGUAUUUCGACCUCCUCGGCCAGGUGACGUACGGCACAUCCGAUGGCGCCGACUGGGACAAAGGUGCUAUCAUGUUGGAUUUCCCUUCUUACAAACCGAGUAUUGGCGAUGGGCUGAGAUACAACGAACCGUUUUAUCACAAACUUGCGGAAACGCUUAUUGAUGAAUUCCCGUGCCGCCCGCAUUGGACCAAGAAUACAAGAGAGGUAUUCGAACGUUCUGCCAAGAACCUCGACCCUGAUCAUAUCGCUCGUUUUAAAGCAGUCCGGGAAAAGUUUGACCCAGAUGGAAUCUUUCGGAGUGUUGUUGGUGAGGCUAUUGGGGUUUAUUAACUAGUUACUGGCUUGGAUAACGUCGGGGCUAAAUAGGUUGGGUUUGAGUUACGUGUCUUGUUGUUACGUGAGAGGUAGUAAUUUGGUUACUAAGUCGAUUCGCUUUAUGGCAACAGAGCGUUUGUGUUCACGGUCUCGAAAGUUCGAGUGCCCAUCAACAACACCGUCAGGCCUGACGGAUAUAGUAAUAUGUUCACCUCCUUUAUCUUUCUUAGUUCCUUAUUGCG